GAAUUAUAAGUCAUCUUCCCAAAGUUCACUUACAGUGCAAAAAUUGCAAAAAAUCAUAAAAUCAUUAAGAUUCAUUAUUUAUAUACAUGGCUGUUCAAAGUAUGAGUGUGAUCAUUUUAAAAUGAAGUACAGAGAAGAGACAGUAAGUUACAUGGACAUACAUGGACCUCAAAAGGAAAAUGUAGCAAAUAAACUUUAUCUUUAAACAAUCUUUGAAUCCUAUGGUGACACCAACAUUUUCUCGACCCAGAAAAAGGUGAAAUAAGUAUGGCCAACUCUAAAUUCUCGGUUUUGGGGUGUCUGGUGGCCCAGGAUCUAUUUUUGACUCCAUUAGGUUAUAGCUAAUUUCCUUUGUUUCGCUUUUAAUGCUCUUUGCAAUCUGGCCCCCACCUAACUUUCCAGUUUCACUACAGAUUGUUCCUCCUUCCAGCACACUAACAUCGAGGCAAGCUGUCCUUCUUGCUGCUCUACACACAGAUGUUCCAUCUUCUGUUUCUGUGUCCUUGCACUGGCUGCCACCUAAGCCUGGAAUGCUCUCCCUUCUCAUCUCCACCUCAGAGAAUCCCUUACUUCUUUUUAAGAUUCAACUUAAACUUUUUUCUAUAGGAAGUCAUUCCUGAUCCCCUUAACUGCUAAUACUCUUCAUCCUUAAGUGCCGUUGUAUUUACUUUGUAUUUAUUCUACAUAUAUUUAUAUAUAUUGGUGCUCAGAAACGAUCUUGUGGUCCUUCAGGGCAGAGACUGUUUGACUGUUAUCUCUGUACCCCUAGCAUCCAACAGAGGGCUUGGCACACGGGAGGUGACAGUAGAUGUUUGCUGAUUAAUUACAAUAGUGAGUCGUCCUUUUCCUUUUUUCCCUUCCCUAACAGCCUUUCAAUUCUUCCACAGAAAUCAUAUUUUAGGACUAGAAGAAACUGACCAAUUAAGAAAUCAAGGUGAGGAAAGGUUAGGUGAUUUAUCUAAGGUUUAACUAAUGACAGUGCAAGGGAGUAGAUAUAUGGAGCAUGUAUAUUCUGCAAAUACUGAGGAAAAAUGACAACUUGCAACUCUAAAUACAGAAAUAUGAAGCUGCACUUACCAUCAUAGUCUGAAUCCAAAGACUGACAACCUAGAUGACGGCUACUCUGGCACCAGAUAAGAUGAAAGCAAACCAAGAGAAAUUCUGUGGCCGAGAAAGAGAAUUUGUAUAUAAAUUCAAUGUAGGAAGCCAGUGCUUUGAACUUACAGUGCCUCUGAAGUUUCCUGUUCAAGAGAACCCAGCUAACUUACAUGGACGUCUGAUGCUUCUCCACAAUUUGCCUUGCUUCAUAGAAAGUGACUUAAAAGAUUCUCUGAGCCAGUUUAUAGAGAAAGAAUCUCUAAGAGACUAUGAUAGAGAAGCUGAGGCUGCACUAGAAGCUUUGAAAUCUGGUGAAGUUGAUGUGCACCAGCUGACAAAUGCAUGGGCAAAAGCUUAUGCUGAGACCACAUUAGAGCAUGCAAGACCUGAAGAGCCAAGCUGGGAUGAAGAUUUUGCAGAUGUCUACCAUGACCUAAUCCAUUCUCCUGCCUCUGAAACUCUCUUAAAUUUGGAGCACAAUUACUUUGUUAGUAUCUCAGAACUUAUUGGAGAAAGAGAUGUGGAGCUGAAAAAGUUACGAGAAAGGCAAGGUGCAGAAAUGGAUAAAGUAAUGCAGGAACUGGGUAAGUCACUUACAGAUCAGGACGUAAAUUCAUUGGCUGCUCAACAUUUUGAAUCCCAACAGGUCUUAGAGAAUAAAUGGACCAAUGAGCUAAAACAGUCGACUGCCAUCCAAAAACAGGAAUAUCAGGAAUGGGUAAUAAAGCUUCACCAAGACCUAAAAAAUCCAAACAACAAAUCUAUCAGUGAAGAAAUUAAAGUUCAGCCUAGUCAGUUCAGAGAAUCUGUAGAAGCAAAUGGAAGAAUUUAUGAAGAUCAAAGGAAGUUAGAAGAAAGCUUUACCAUUCACUUAGGAGCCCAGCUGAAGACCAUGCAUAAUUUGAGAUUGCUGAGAGCAGACAUGUUAGACUUUUGUAAACACAAACGAAAUCAUCGAAGUGGCGUAAAACUCCAUCGGCUACAGACAGCACUCUCACUCUAUUCAGCAUCUCUCUGUGGCCUCGUUUUAUUGGUAGAUAAUCGCAUCAAUUCAUACAGUGGUAUUAAAAGAGAUUUUGCCACAGUUUGUCAAGAAUGCACUGACUUCCAUUUUCCUCGGAUUGAAGAGCAGUUAGAAAUUGUCCAGCAGGUGGUACUUUAUGCUCGAACCCAACGCAAAAGUAAAUUGAAAGAACCAAAUGAUUCAGGAAACCGGAACGGAGAAAGUGAUGAUAAGGUUAAGAAUAUUGAACGAAACUAUUCAAAUAUUUUGCCUGGAGAAUUUUAUAUUACCCGGCACUCCAAUCUCUCUGAAAUCCAUGUAGCUUUCCAUCUCUGUGUGGAUGACAAUGUGAGAUGUGGUAACAUCACAGCUCGUGAUCCUGCCAUAAUGGGCCUCCGAAAUAUUCUAAAAGUUUGCUGUACUCAUGACAUCACAACAAUUAGUAUUCCUCUCUUGCUGGUGCAUGAUAUGUCAGAGGAAAUGACUAUACCAUGGUGCUUAAGGAGAGCAGAACUUGUAUUUAAAUGUGUAAAAGGUUUCAUGAUGGAAAUGGCUUCAUGGGAUGGAGGGAUUUCUAGGACUGUACAAUUCCUGGUACCACAGAGUAUUUCUGAAGAAAUGUUCUACCAGUUGAGUAACAUGCUCCCGCAGAUCUUCCGAGUAUCAUCCACUCUCACAUUGACAUCUAAGCAUUAAACUCUGCUUGGCCAGCAAGUUAUAAAAGUGGGUUAUUAAGCGUUCUAUGUUUGAGGCAACACUGGAAUUAUCUGAAAGCUUAGGUGAUGAGAAUGUAACUGCACUGUCAUAAGUCAUCAUUUGCUGAAUGAACCAGUGUUCAGUCUUUAAUUCAUACAUUGACAUUUAAAAAUCUCCUCCUAUAACCAGUCCCUAAAGCACGUUAAUGAGACCAGUUGUUAUAUGUGGACUAUAUGUAUACUCCACAUUUUGCUUUCAUCAGUUGAAGUCUUAUUUGUUACACAUGGAUCCUUCAUGUAGGAAGCUAACUGUAUCUUUUUUUUUUUUUGGUGAGGGUGGCAGGGAGGGAAGACAUAACAUUUUGUGACCUUGGAAAGAUCUAAGUUAGAUAUUAAUUAGAUCUUUCCCUCUUGGUAAAAUAAUAAAGCAUUUAAAUAUCAGUCAUGUGCAAGGCUUAACUGAAAAUGAAAUACCCCUUAUACAGUACUUACCAAGUAAAAAUGAAAAUAAAUUGAAAUAUAAGUAGCAAA